CGCAGGGCCCAGCCCCUUCGCACCAGUCCCGGGCCGUUGGGGCGGGGGCGCUCGCUGGGCUGCAUCCUGCCAAGCCCGAGGAAGUUUGGGCCGUGGCCCCGACGGCACACCUGCGCCUCCCCGCCAGCCUGGAAGAGACGCCCCGCAGCAGCCGCCGCCGGAGCAGCGCGCCGAGUUCUGCAAAGAAACUUUUGCGGGACCGCAGGCGCCCGCAGCCCUUCCCGCCAGCGCUCGGGACGGAGCAGAGGGAGGCCCCGCGAAGGGCAUCUGGGUCCCAGGCCAGAAAGGGCAGCGACAGGUGGGGCAGUCCCGCCGCCUCUGGCCCCGCAGCCCCUCACGCCUCGCCGCUGCCCGGAGGGCAUCCUGGUUUGCGCCAUGGACGCCUCUUGGCCUCACCUGCGCCCGAAAAGGCUCCCCCGUCUCGGGAUUGCCCUGGCUGUUCUGCUCCUGCACGGGUCGCUUCGGGUCCAAGGACUUGCGAAGGAAGAGAGGUUGAUUAAACCAGAGUUGAGCUUUGCCAGAGAGCACAUUAUCGUCCACGCGGGAGAGCCCUUUACCAUAAUCUGCAGGGGCUCACCAGGUCUGAUGUGGAUCUGGGGAAAUGAUCCCUCCAAAGAUGGCGGGAGAUGGCAUGUUGAUGAGCACGAGUGUUCAGACAGGCCGCAGCUGACCUGCAGCACGCUCUCCACAGACCGAGCUUCCGCUGAGGACACCAGCUACUUCACCUGCCUUUACAGCCAGUUCCGUUCAGAUGAAGAACUCAAGGCCAAGAUCUACGUGUUCGUCAAAGAUAACAAGAAGCCUUUCGUUGACCCCUACGCGAAACAUCCUGAUGUGAUCUAUAUCCAUAAUGGUACUGAAGUGAUCACUGUACCUUGCCGGGUCACCUCUCCAGAUAUUAUGCCGGACCUGCAGCUGAGUUCAUCCACUGAUGUGUUCAGCCAGAAGCGGAGGGAAUGGGACCCCAAGAGAGGAUUCCUGAUCACGUCACCCUCCUUUGAAUUCUUCAGUGCCAUGCUCAAAUGUGUCGCUAAUGUGGAUGGAGUCACAUACACGUCCUUGUACUGGCCACAGAAAGUGGAGGACCGAAUACAGAACUUGGUUUUGAAAGCCACUCCGCAAAAGCUACUGGUUGGAGAAACUCUCCACCUGCAGUGUGCUGCUGAAACCUUCUCCAAUGGGCGGAUUGUCUUUGAUUGGAAGUACCCAAGGGGGAGAGAGCAUAAGCCUGUCAAAGCUUUGGACCGACAUGAGCACGUGUAUAAAGGCACCAGCAAUGUGACCAUCGAGAAUGUUUCAAUGGAAGACAGAGGCUUGUACAUUUGCAGAGGGCGGGUCGCCAACAACACAAAGAAGGAACUGGAGGCCAAUGUCACAGUCACAGUAUUCAGGAAAGCUUUCCUCAAGGUUUUCUAUAAGAAAGAACGGAAUUAUGAGGCUACAGCUGGGCAGAAGAUGCUGAAACUGGCUUGGAAGGUCGAUGGUUUUCCCCGCCCCAAUGUGAUCUGGUACAAGGAUGGCAAGCUGAUUGCUGAGAACAGCUCCUGCUACGAACCAGAUCCUCUGAAGUACAGGCUGGUCAUAAGGGAUCUGAGAACAAAGCAUGCUGGGAACUACACCAUAUCCCUAAGCAACACUAAACAUCGCCUCUAUGAAAACCUCACAAUUCAUCUGGUUGUGUUGGAGAGGCCUAAAAUUUAUGAAAAGGAGACGGAUUUUGACAAGAGCAAAGACCAAGACCUGUUCAUAAAAGGAGGGGAAUACAGCCUCAAGUGCACUGCAAGUGGGACUCCUCUACCCAGUGUCUAUUGGGCGUGGGAGGCUUGCAGCCCUCAAGACAACCUAUGCAGAGAACAUGGGAAAAGAAUGAUCGUGAGCAAGACCACCAGCCAUGAAACUAUGUCCCAAGCCAAUACAAUCAAGAACAUAGAGGAAGAGAAUGUCCGACAAGGUGAUAAGGACAAGAUCAUAAGCAUCCUGACAAUCACAGCAAGCAACAUAUCAGGGAUCUACUUCUGCAUUGCUUUCAACAAGGUUGGCACGGAUGAGAGAAGCAUCAAAUUCUAUGUCUCAGAUAUGCCCUCCAAACUACAGACGGAUCAACAAAUCACAGCCAUCGUGGCAAGCAACGUUCAAAUGACUUGCAAGGCCAACAAGUACAUCUACAAUGACCUGUCUUGGUAUGAUCCCACCUCUCGGGUCAUCCCUCUUGCCUUGACACAGCAGAAAGUUGACAACUAUUCCAUUUCCUUGACGCUGGAUAUUAGGAACGUUUCACAAGCCCAUGCCGGGCUGUACAAGUGCAGAGCUCGAAGCCAUCUCAGCAGCACUGAGGAGCUGGAGAAAAGUACCUUGCUCCGCAUCAAAGUGAAGACAGCGCCUCACAUUAUGGAGAAUUUUACAGACUUGGAGGUGAAUAUCAGCGGGAAGAUUGUUCUGGAGUGUAAAGUAAAUGGGACUCCCAAACCCACAAUUGCUUGGCUGAAAAAUGGCUAUGCAAUUUCCCCUGCUUCAGGGAUUUCCAUGGAGAACAACACCCUGGUAAUUGAACGAGUGAAAAAAGACGAUGAGGGUCACUAUGAGUGCAAAGCAGUCAAUGAAAUGGGCCAAGACAGCACCAGGGCGUUCAUCUGGAUCCAAGGCUCUGAGGAGAAAUCCAACAUUGAAGUCAUCAUUUUGGUGUGCACUGGUUUAGCCGCCACGCUCUUCUGGCUCCUCCUGACCCUCUUCAUACGGAAACUGAGAAAACCUGAUGCCACAGAUAUUAAAACAGGGUACUUGUCCAUCAUCAUGGAUCCUGAGGAGAUGCCUCUGGAUGAACAAUGUGAGCGUCUCCCGUACGAUAGCAGCAAGUGGGAAUUUCCCAGAGACAGACUGCGGCUGGGUAAAACUCUGGGUCAUGGUGCUUUUGGGAAGGUGGUGGAGGCGUCUGCUUUUGGCAUAGAUAAAUCUUCAACCUGCAAAACAGUCGCUGUUAAAAUGCUUAAAGCAGAGUGUGCAACGGCCAAUGAGUGCAAGGCCCUGAUGUCCGAACUGAAGAUCCUCAUCCAUAUCGGACACCAUCUCAAUGUGGUCAACCUGCUGGGAGCCUGCACGAAGCCAGGAGGUCCUUUGAUGGUCAUAGUAGAAUACUGCAAGUAUGGAAAUCUGUCUAAUUACUUGAGAGGAAAAAGAGGGGACUUCAUUGCAUACAAGCCCCAGGAGAACUCCGACUCUGGUGAGAAGGGCCUUGCGGAGUCUAUCAGUGACUUAACAGAGCUGAUCAAGAGGCGGCUGGAGAGCGUGGCCAGCACAGGAAGCUCUGCCAGCUCAGGAUUUAUCGAAGACAAAAGUUACACAGAUUCAGAAGAGGAGGAGGAAGAUGCUGAAGAUUUGUAUAAGCGACCCCUGACCUUGGAGGACUUGAUCUGCUACAGCUUCCAGGUGGCCAAAGGCAUGGAGUUCCUGGCCUCAAGAAAAUGCAUUCAUAGGGAUUUGGCAGCCAGGAACAUCCUACUGUCUGAAAACAAUGUGGUAAAGAUCUGUGACUUUGGACUGGCAAGAGAUAUUUACAAAGAUCCCGACUACGUGCGGAAAGGCGACGCUCGACUUCCACUGAAAUGGAUGGCUCCAGAGGCUAUCUUUGACAAAAUUUACACGACUCAGAGCGAUGUGUGGUCUUUUGGAGUGCUGCUGUGGGAAAUAUUUUCUCUAGGGGCCUCUCCGUACCCAGGGGUGCAGAUUGAUGAGGAUUUCUGCCGGCGUCUCAAAGAAGGGACGCGGAUGAGAUUGCCAGAGUACUCCACUCCAGAAAUCUACCAGACCAUGUUGGACUGCUGGCACAGAGUUCCAACAGAGAGACCCACCUUCACAGACCUCGUGGAGCGUUUAGGAGACCUCCUGCAGGCAAAUGUGCAACAGGAUGGGAAAGACUAUAUCCCACUGAACAUUACGUUGUGCCCAGAUGGAGACUCCGGCCCUAAAAUCUGCAUCCUGGAUGAGAACCUGAGCAGCUGUAUUAAUCGCUGGAGUGCAAUAGAAGCAGGUAUUAACAGCAAGAAUCGGCCGCUCAGUGUGAAGACGUUUGAUGAGGUGCCUGUGGAGACGGGGAAAGCCAUGCAGGAGGAAUGUGAGUCUGAUAGCGGGAUGGUGCUGACAUUGGAUGAAAUCAAAAGCCGGAAGAGGCUGGAGAUCCGCUCCUGGCCCUAUGGGAUUAUGGCUCUGGCGAGAAAAGCCAUCAACAAGAGCAAGGAGCCUGUGUUUGCUGAGAAUGAACGUGGGUUUGUGAAGUACCAGUCGGCCACACAGGUGGAUGAGGACCCCCUGGAAGACUCUGUCCUCCUGCCCUUGGAUCCGACCCUGGAGUGCCACAGCCCCCCUCCAGACUACAACUCCGUUAUUCAGUAUUCUGCUGCCCCUUCCCUGUAGCUGGCCUACCCCUCUCACCUCUCUUUUGCCAUGCAGUAUUUAGGCUGCCUCCCAUUUCUACUACCUGCUAAAAGGAACUAAUAUUAAGGGGGCAGAGAAGCCACACAGUGUCCUGGUUCCUCUUUCCUCCGUACCGAAUCCCUAUACAAAUGGGAAUCCUUUAGGAGCAGCCAACUGGGUUAGAGUUUGUAACAUUUAGGAAAAAAUCAAGUAUGUAUGCAACUUUUUCAUUCUGUUGGCAUGUCUCUUUCCAAGCUUUGCAAUGUACAUUGUGGGUUAGAGCCUGAAGUUCCCUUCUGAUAAUGGUGGCCGUGACCUCCCUCACAAUGACGCCUCCUACUCUUUGACCCUCUUGCAUUUCUGGAAGGCUCCUUGCACCAGAGGAAAGCAGUGCCAUUAACUGGACAGAGCCACACGUUGUUUUCCUCGUUGGUUGCUCCGAACUCACUGAAAAUGCAGGUUAAAAAAAGUUAUCCAGAGAUUGCCUCCACCAUUUUUUAACUCAGUGUUGGUUACUAGCUAUGAUUGCUGAGAAUGGAACAAAUCAAAGAACUGGAUUUAGUCUACCAGGAUCUUUUCUGCCCAGUGCACAAACUGCCAGAAAGGGGCUUGCAGAUCAACAGCAGCAAAAUGAAGCUGAGGGAAAAUGAAAUUCACUCGCUCUUCCAAGAGGAAUCCUACCUCCCCCUCCCACUGUCUCUCAGCUAAAGACCUGACAGGGAGGAGUUUAUCCUACAAACAUCAGUUUAUGUGACUUGCAGGGCAUCCCCCAAAGAUUCUUGGGAAUUUGGUGAAAGCACACAGGAUUUGGUUAGAGGUCCCUAGCACUGCUCCAAAACUACAGUUCCCAGGGUUCCCUGAGUGAAACCAGUUCCACGUAUGGCCUGCAGAUAUGGCCUGGCUAUACCUUCCCCCAAAGAAAGUUAUUUUAAAUUUAUUCAGAAAAGGGGGAAAAACCAUCUUGGCUACCAAUGGCAACUAUACUUAUUACUCAAGUAAAAGAGAAAGAGAAUUUUUUAAAUAUGGAUAAAAUAAUAAGAUGAUGAUGAUUAGUUAGAUAUGAAGAUGUCAGAAUGAAGCUAAAAGAAUCCUCAGGGAGAGUUGUGUUGGGGAAGGGGCAUUUGGAAAGCAAACUCAAGACCCCAUGAAACUGGGCAGAGAAGCUUCAGGAUGACCUGUCUCGUUCUGUGUUAAAGUUUAUCAGCUAAUGUCAAAAAUGGAACAGUCUGUCUUUAAGCAACAACAAAUGCUCUUAAAAUACCCAGCGAUCAUCAGUAAACCAUGUAUAAAUAUGUGUGUGUCUCUCUCUGCUUAGAUAAGCUGUAGAUAGGACAGGAGACACUUGCUAUAAAAGCACUUAGUUUUUCACAUUCAUGAAUAAUCUGUACAAUUAACUCAUUUGUUUUAGUAGCAUAAGAUGUUUUUGCUGUGAAUUUAUCUUUUGGUAUUGUGCCUUAUAUUGUGCCUUGCCCUUUAACUUAUGAAAAUAGGAGUGUAUGGAAACAUUGCUUGUGAACAGGAAGCUUGUGAAGGAUUUAAAAGCUGUAAGUGCAGAAAUUUAUUCUGUUCUAUGUAAGAGAAUAUAGGAGAUACUGCUGUUAUUGGCCAGUUACCAAGCACCACUUUCAGUGCCUUUUUUUUUUUUGUGCAAAGACUUUGCAGAUGUCGCUAGAGAAUGAAAGGGUGGAGGAAGAGACAGUUGAGAGGGCAGCUUCUGAAUGGGCUGUCAUAGUUGUGCCUUGAACUGCAGUUUGGCCUGCAGGCGAUUAGCUGGGACCUGCAUUUACCUCUAUGCUGUGAAAAGCUUCACCUGCUGGUCCGACUGAUCAGGUGGCUGCUAAAGUCACAAGAGCAGGCCAAGCCAAAUUUUUUUUGCAUGUUGAUUGGGGAGCCAGGUGACUCCGGUGGCUGCCGGAUUCAGGUAUGCAUGUUCUAACCCUUCUGCAGGUCAGAGGUGACUGUAUAUGAGUGCUUCAGAAACGUCUGCCUUCCACUUCUUGGUGUGGAGAUGUGCACUGGUUUUGCAACCAUACCAGGGGAUCUGGUUCUUAGAUCCAAUGUCUGAGUUCCCAAAGCAACACUGCUGUUCUUGCCCCUCCUUCUUACCACACCGUUCCAGCGCCUAUGUGAGAUGAGCAGAUCAUGUGGGAUUCAGCGAUACCCAUGUGAUACCUCCCAUGGGAGCAGUGAAUGCUGAGGUGCUUCCCUGCUGUGUGAUCUGCUGACCCCAUACCAGUAUCAGAUCUAAACGUUAUUGGAAGGGCAACCAUGCCACUCUGACAGAUACGUCUCAGCAGAGACCCAGGAGAGAGCAAGGCAUUGCUUGAUGUCCAGGGAGUGAAGCAGUGCCGGCUUCCUGCUUUGCAAGGUUGGAGCUUUCCUUUGCAGCAAAAGCCACAGGUGUGCCCCAAUCCCUCUAGCCAAAUUCUAAUGAACACGAAAUCUCCUAACAGGUCUCAGGGCCUACAGAAGAAUAUCCUGCUUUCCCAGUAGAGCUCCUCUUCCCUACAGUUCUUCCAGUCAGUGCUGGCAGCUGGACCAGUCCCAUGGCUUAGUCCCUACACUCAACUCACUGGAAAGGCAAGAAAGGAAAAAAGGAAAUAUGCCUUGUAACAUGAGGAUAGGGCCUGGCUCCAGAUAUCUGCCAAAGGGGAGCUCUGCCAGGGGUCCUCAUCUUUCUGGGGGGCUGGCAAGCACAGCCGUACUCCCUUUGGUGGCAUGCCCUCUUGCUGUGGCUGGUCAUCAGACCCAUUCCAAGGUCAGUGAAACAAAGGUUUUGUUCCCCUUGUUCCCACCUCAGGCUGAUCCGGCUGCUGGACAAAAAGAACGGGAGCCACUUGCUCAAAGCAAUUCUCCCAAUUUCUCCCCCAAGCAAUCCUUUCUCUUUUUGUAUCCCACAUUCCCAGGGAAGGGAAUUCUGUGCCUGCUGCCAGUUUUCCAUGUUCUCUCUCGUUAUGAAGUAAAACUCUGGUUUCCUAAAAGGAUAUGCCUGCCUACCCACACUCCACUGUUUCAUCAAGCCAGUUCUUCACAGAUCUAUUCCAUGUCAAUGCUGGUUCUCUGACUAAGCCACCUGAGGGAUACUUUGGGAGGACGGUGAGAAAGGCACUGAUCCAGCGCAGGGGCUAGGCUUACUCCCAGACAUCCUCAGGUGACUGGCAUGCCCUCCUGGGCCCACGCCGCCACUGGCUGAGGCCAAGCCAAGACCCUGCAGCAUUGCCACGGGGGCAUGGAUUGUGCCCUGCCAGCAGCAGUGUGGCUCUGGGAGGGGAUGGGAGCACCUUGCUCAGGGAUGCAAAAUCUAGCUCUAGUCCUUACCUUGCUCUAGCUGUAUAUCCUGAUCCUCCUCUACUGAGAGGCAGCCAAUAAUAGCAUUCUUCCACGACCUUUCCCAGCUCCUGUCUUCUCUCUCUUGAUUAAGGGAAGUUAAAGGUGAUAUGAGAGGCAUUGUUGGGGGUGCUUGUCUUCUUCAAACACCUCUUUAGAGAACCCCUAUAGCCAGAGCUGAGAAUGGAAGAAAAGACCAAAGUGUUUACCCCGACAGGAAUGUGUGCCUCUAGCACAUAAGCUUCAGCUCUCUGAAAAAUAAUCGUCUGGGCAAGUGUAAAGCUUGGUACAAAAUGCACUCUUCUCUCUACUGAGAUUAAAUGAGUUAGUUGCCUCCCAUGAGCUGGCACUUUGGACGCCUCAGUUUGUAACCCUUCCCACAGUACCUGAACUGGGCGACUCAGGGCUGGAUUGUGGCUGCCCUGAUUAUGGCUAGAAAAUGCAUCCGUGUGAGAGCAGCUCCAUGUGGAGGGCUUGUAAGCAGUGGAAGUUACGUACUGAAUGAGUCAGCCCUGUCAUGAGGGGAUUCUCUACACUAACGGGAUCCAGGUUUAUCACGACAGGCCCCUUCCCCUGGCCCGCUGCAUCCACCUGCACGGAGUCAAUGCCAGCCCCCCCCCCCUUACAGUAAUAGCCACUUCUAUUGACAAGUAUGCCUCACCCUGAAGGACAUUUCAAAUGUGUCUCUUUUUGUUGUUUAAAACAAAACCAGUAAUUUUGACUCCCCUGUAAAAGAUCUUGCCGCUACGUGGUGCUUACAGGAGGCUUCUGGCCAAAGACCCAGCCAGAAACAGCCGAGCCUGUCUCUGAUAAUGGAAAGUUCUCCCUUUGGAUUCUUACCCUGACGACAAAAUUACACCGGGAUCUCGGUGACGGUGGCCAGGAAAGGUUGCUGCUGCCGCAACUGGUGGUGAGAUGGUGACUGGCACAGCCAUCGCUUCAAAUAGGCAGAAGGCAAGAACAAAAGAGACGGGGUCCGUGUCUGGCAGGUUACACCUGAAACUCUCAGACGCCUCCCAGAAUCAGAAACUGUGUGGUCUUUACUGUGUUUUCUAACCAAGCAGAAAAUCCAAUUCGGAUGCAAACUCUUUAAAAAAUUAUAGCAUUUAGGGUAAGGAAUUUUUGAAUCUUUGGCUGUUUAUCAUGCAAGACUAAUGGUUGUAUCAAUGCAAGCAGAAGAAGUUGUCAAGGGAGGAUUUGAGCUUCAUAAAAAGUUUAAGAGCUUUAGAGAAAGGACUCAGACCUGUGCCCAGACUUCCAAGCCAUUAUGCAUCAGUCGUACAUAAUCUGAGGUCUCUUUGCUGCACUGAACUCCAAUUGUUGGAAAAUCAAUCCAACAGGAUAACAGGUAGACCUUGAUUAUGAAAGCUAACUAGAAGGUCACUGGGCAGAAAUUUUAAGGACUUAUGACCUACUUUUCUCUACAUAUCUGAGUUGUCCAAACAUGUAACACAAGCUUGCAAGCUGAAUACACCAAGAGGUUAAGCAAGUCAAUGCCAUGUUCUGCUCCCGACACAUUUAUGGUGAGUCCCGUCCUUGUUUGUCUGAAGAAUGUAUGCACUGAAAAAUCUGCUUUUUUAUAUAGUCCAAAAUGUAUUGUAAUUAUUAACCAAAAAUAAACAAGAGGAGUCUAUAUUUA